CACUACGAAAAUAGAUUCAUAAGCUGUCCUUAAAAGUGAGUUUUCCCCCUAAAAGAUACACGCUCGAUGACCGACGCUUGCGCUGUAUAGUCCCCUCUCCGAAUGAAAGUACGGUUCUUUCAUUGCUCGUAAACCUUCCGUAAACCUUCGCAUUGUAAGUCGCGUUGUGCAUUUCAAAAAUAUUGUUUUUGUGUCUGUGGAUCCGACGCUCCGUCUCCGCGUUCUUCCCAACAUCCUGUACAGGUCAAAAUAUCUGGUUAGGUAAUCGGAGAACUUCGACCAGAAUCCAGAAACAGCGUAUCAAAUCCCUCAUCGUCCCACAACUUAAUGCACCAGUAUGAGUGACUAUUCAGCGGUUGCUCCGCCUCAGACCUUUAAUCAAAGCACCGCGUUCGCGGCGGCACUUCAACGUGCCAAACAGAUUGCUGCAAAAAUAAAUCCAGCUGGUGCACAAAAUAAUCAAGAUUCCAAAUUGAAGCGUCCUCUUGAAGAUAGUUCAGAGCCAGAAGCAAAGAAAAUGGCAGCAUUAGUGGCGGAUCCUUUAAUAGGUAUUCGUGGAGGUCCUGGUGGUAACAGUUCCAUUGGAGAUUCAGGUAGCCAACCAUCUAGACCACAAACGUCUUCUUCCAGUGUAGGUGGUAUAUGCAAUGAAGAUAUUAGAGUUCCAGACAAAAUGGUUGGUUUAAUAAUUGGAAGAGGUGGUGAACAGAUCACAAGAUUGCAGAGUGAAACAGGAUGUAAAAUACAAAUGGCACCAGAAAGUGGCGGGCUGCCUGAACGCGUUUGUACACUAACUGGUUCACGAGAAGCUGUCAAUCGCGCAAAGGAAUUGGUCUUGUCAAUCGUGAAUCAAAGAAGUAGAAGCGAGGGAAUUGGUGACAUGAAUAUGGGUGGAGGUAGUAGUGGUAUGAUGGGUCAUCCAGGAUUUGUUGAGAUAAUGAUACCAGGUCCUAAAGUUGGCUUGAUAAUUGGCAAAGGCGGUGAAACUAUAAAACAACUGCAAGAAAAAUCAGGUGCUAAAAUGGUUGUUAUACAAGAAGGACCAUCGCAGGAACAAGAAAAACCAUUGAGAAUAACAGGAGAUCCUCAAAAAGUUGAGCAUGCAAAGCAAUUAGUGUAUGAAUUAAUAGCUGAAAAAGAGAUGCAAAUGUUUCAUAGAGGAGGAAGAGGUACAGAUAGAGCAGGAAAUUAUUCCAACGAUAAUGGUUUUAAUCAUGGUCCUGCAAAUAAUGAUGGAGUGGAGGUACUCGUUCCAAGAGCUGCAGUGGGCGUCGUUAUUGGAAAGGGAGGAGAUAUGAUAAAAAAGAUACAAGCAGAAAGUGGAGCCAAAGUUCAGUUCCAGCAAGGACGAGAAGAUGGCCCUGGCGAUCGUAAAUGUUUGUUAUCUGGAAAGCAUCAAGCUGUUGAACAGGCUCGUCAACGAAUUCAAGAACUAAUUGAUAGCGUUAUGAGAAGAGAUGAUGGAAGAAAUAACAUGGGAGGCAGAGGUGGUCCAAGAGGUAACGGUUUUGGCGGUAGUCGUAAUCCAAAUGAAUACGGAAGUUGGGAUAGACGACAAGGCGGCCCUAUGCAAGAUAAAAUCGAAACGACGUUCACUGUUCCAUCUUCCAAAUGUGGCAUUAUAAUUGGCAAAGGUGGUGAAACUAUUAAGCAAAUAAAUCAACAGACAGGAGCGCAUUGUGAGUUAGAUAGAAGAAAUCAAAGUAAUGAAAACGAAAAGAUUUUCAUUAUUCGAGGAAAUCCUGAGCAAGUUGAACAUGCCAAGAGAAUAUUUAGUGAAAAACUAGGCAUGGGUCCUGCUGGUUCUUCAUAUACCGGGGCGCCAGGUGCAAUUGGAUAUAAUCCAAACUGGAAUACAGGAACUGGAGGAUAUCAAGCAUGGCCAAGUCAACCACAAUCUAAUGACGGAAACAAUCCUAAUCCUCCUGUACAAGUCAAUCCACAAACUGGUCAGCCAGAUUACAGUGCUCAGUGGGCGGAGUAUUAUCGGUCAUUGGGUAUGCACAGAGAAGCAGAUAUGAUCGAGCAGCAAGCGAAACAAGGAAAACAAGAUCACAAUCCACAAGGAGGUAAUUCACAAAAUCAGUCUAAUCCGGGGACGACAGGUCCUACUGGACCAAACCAACAGCAGCAACAGCAACCACAGCAAACUCAGCAACAACAGCAGGCAGGUGCUGCACAAAAUGGAGGUCAAGCCGACUAUAGCGUUCAGUGGGCGGAGUACUACAGAAGCAUUGGAAAAAUAAAGGAAGCAGAAGCAAUAGAAGCUCAAAUGAAGGCAGGCAAGCUUGGGAUGCAAGGAAAUCAAAUAGCCCAACAACAAAUGCAGACUCUACAGGGUCAGUCUGCUGGUCCACCGGGUACCACGCCUAAUGCGUUCCCUCAAGCCUAUGGAAGUUAUCCGGCAAUGAAUGCCGGCAAUGCUCCAGCGGGCUAUUAUGCAGCGAACGCUGGAUCUAAUUCUCAGCCUCAAACAGGGCAACAGAACCCGUCUUUCCCAACAGGCUAUCAGAAUUACCCUUAUUCACAGUCUGCUUCUGAAAAUUAAACUUCCAUUUGAGCGAAAGGCAAGCUAUAGUUUUCAGAUAGCUUUCCAUCGGGGCGCGGUUAAUGCCUGCUAUAUCUCCAUAUAACUUUGAUCAUAAAUUACUAUAGUUGAUGCUUCAUAAUCUUCAUAUAUCUUUGAAAAUAUGAAGACCGAUUAUAUUUUGUUUAUACAAUACGUUUCUUUUCUUUUUUUACAUAUAUACAUAUAUAGAGGUAUUAUAUAUAAUAUAGAAUACCAAUCGUUCUAAGUUUAAGUAACAAAAAAUAUCGAGAAACAAUUUUAUUGAAAUUAAUAUUAUAAUACAGUAUGGAUAUAUGUCUGUGUUCUACUUAUAAAAUUGUAUGUAUUUUUGUUCCAUAACAUGUAAUUGUAAUAUAAGUUGAAGCUGUGGCAGGUGAAGCAGCUGGUCAGAAAGAGGAACGAGGGAUCGACAUCUGUAUAUCCAUUUUAUUGCAUCCUCUCUCAUUAAAUUUGUUAAACUAUAUAUCCUUACAUGCGUUGUUAUGAACGAUAUUAGUAUUAUGUAUCAUACUAGGUCACUACUUAUGCCUUGAUGAAAUACUCAUUUGCUUGAAAUAUUCGUUUUUAUUAUAUCUACGAAGCCUCGACUAUAUGAAAAGUUGUGAUUGAUACAGCUAUCAUGUGUUUAUAUCACUCGUAUAAACAUUACUUUGUCGAUUAUAUACGAAAGGUACAUGAUAUGAUAAUUUACAUAUGCAUAUGUCCUGUUACAUUGGUGUUAAAUACAACUUUACUUUAGUUUUUUGCUUUCUCUCGUGAAAUACCAAUACUAUUUUUAGAUAUUUGGAGCAGCCAAUUAGAGAGGUUUACCCGACCUACAAUAAGUCACGGCAAGGAGAUCUACGAUUUAAAAUGUUUCAUUCAGCACUAAUCUACAUGUGUACACACUCAGAGGAAUCAGGACCUGCAAACCGGAGAUUAGUUGGAUGGAAUAUAUGUAAACACAUAAUGGAAUAUUGUUUACUAACGCUAGCAUAUUUUAAAUAUUGCUUAGUCAGUAUUAUAUGCUUUUAUACGAUAUACAAAAGUAUUAGUUCUUUUGAGAGUGUUUGAGUACUGGGUGACUUAACUAGUCAUAUGUAAAAUAUCAAAUUUUUGUAUACCUUUUUAUUAUAUCAAAUUUGAAAUAAUUUAAUUAUAUGUGUGUGUCUAUUACGAAAAUACAGGAUGUAAUUCUGUAUUAUAGAGAUACAGGAAUAUACAGGAUGUAUCAAGGGUGGAAUACUUCAUUUUGUGGAUUUUUUAACAAGUUUUUUUUUUCGAGUUUUUGGUUUCAAGUUUAAUUAUAUUGUGGUAAAUUUAUUUAAUAUUGCGGGACAAAUUUUUCCAUACUGUAUCCUUUAUAAUCUCUUAAUUUCUUUGUAUCUCGAAAUUGAUCAAUGUUCCCAAAUUGAAGAGUACUCUGCUAUACUUCUUGAUUCCAUCACUGAUAUUUCUCAUUUAUUUAAUAAGAACGCAAUUUCUGAAAUAUUCUGUAUAUGUACAAAUAUAUUCUGAGGCAAAAUUUGAAACAUCUCUCUCUAAGUAUAUCGCAUCUAUAGCUAGUAACAUAUCUAUAGGUUUUUACAUGUAUGUGCUUAUUCUCUUUAACGAAAAGGGAAAGUCUUCAUAUUUUCGUAUAAUUAAUUAUAUUUUGUUAUGACCGACAGGCAAGUAAAAUAAUAAUACCAAGUAUCACAUCAUCUAUAGUAUUUAAUGCAAUAUUUUAAGUUAAAAAAAGUUGUAAACCAAUUGUGUAUACCUUUAACUAAUGCUUCAUUGUAAUAUUAGAAUGAUUAUUAGUUUUUAUAUGAGAUUAAUGUUAUUAAUAUUAUUCUUAUAUAUUCGUGCAAUUAUACCCUCAGAAAGCACUUUUAAAGAUUAAAUACUUAAGACAUCUUUAGUAAACAGUCUUCAAAGAAUAUUGUUUUAAUGUGGAGAUAAAAGAAAAAAAUGGUUUAAUAAUGGACAUAAGUGUAUACAUUUUUUGUCACUUAUGCCCCAUGUAACGCAGAAGAGAUGUAUUUUUAAUGUUAUUUUACUUUAUUUUAAUAUUAUUUAUAUCCGAUCAAUUUAUUACAAUUUUUGUCAUUUAUAAAACAAUUUACAUUUUCAUUUAAUGUAUUCUGCAAUAUAAUUUAAAUAUAUUUGUCUCAUAUUCAGUUAAAAAGAAACAUUUAUAAUAAGUUUGUUACUUUGCCUGGAAUAUUGUAAAAUUGAGAUAUUAAAUGGAAAUAUAUUAAACAAAA